CCAGCCAUCCCUUGUGCUUACACCUGAGAGAUUUAAACAUGUGGUGUUUCAGCUGCCAGGCUGAAGUGCAGCCAUCUGACAGUUCAUCAGGUGCAGGCAUUGAUGAUGUAGCUAGUCCAUUAAGACCCAAGACUCAUGAGGUUCUGGAUAUGGAAGACGCUCUUGAACUAGAGAAAGGCUUGAAACCACGAGGCUUAUGUGGUUUGUCAAACAUUGGAAAUACCUGCUAUAUGAAUGCCGCUCUGCAGUCUUUGUCAAACUGCCCACCUCUCACCCAGCAUUUCUUGGAGUGUGGUAGUUUUGCAAAAGAAACAAAGAACUCCUCAGUCUCUAGGAACUAUUCACAUCUAAUCAAUGAGUUAUGGUCUCGAAAAAGACCAAAGUAUUUUGUGCCCUCCCAACUCUUACGUAGUGUUCGGUUGAUCAAUCCACAGUUCAGAGGUUAUGGACAACAGGAUGCGCAGGAAUUCCUGCGAUGUAUCAUGGAUCAAUUACAUGAGGAGCUGAAGCAGCCUGUGCCAUUACUGGCAGAGGAUUCAGAUUCAUCUGACAGUGAUGAUGACGAACCAAACCAUCACAACAAGAGGCUGUUGGGAGGGACAAGUCUCCCUCAUAGCAAAAACUUGCAAAAUGGAGACAGUGAUGUGGACAUGUACUCAGACAUUGGUGAAGAUGCCACCAAUGACAAACCUUUUCACGUUAACUCAACUGAAGAGCAGGCAAACCCAGAGGGAAAACCUGAAGGAGCUACCAAAGCCAAACGAAGGAAAACCAAAGAAGAUCCUGUUGAUCACAAUGACGUGACAGUGUCAGUUGAGGAUGAGCCAAUGAGUGACGGUGAAGCAGAGCAGCAUGAGCAGGUUGAUGAGGAUAUGGAAACUGAAAAUGCGGCACUGAUCAAGGAAGAAAAACCUGUCGAUCACAAUACAAAGGAGAAGCUGAAGCAGACAGAUAGAACCAAGAAGCAGCCAAAGGCUGAAACAAGAAAGAAGAAGAAACAACCAGUGAACUACAGUAGCAUAGUGACAGAUUUAUUUGAUGGCACAAUACAGAGUUCAGUGCAGUGCUUAACCUGUCACAGGGUAUUUUAUCAAUAUAUACUUUGUUUUGUAGGAAAGAAGAAGAAACAACCAGUGAACUACAGUAGCAUAGUGACAGAUUUAUUUGAUGGCACAAUACAGAGUUCAGUGCAGUGCUUAACCUGUCACAGGGUUUCAUCAAGAGCAGAAACAUUUCAGGAUGUGUCUUUGCCAAUUCCAGGCAAGGAUGAACUGACAGUCCUUCAUGCUUCACAGUGCACUGCUCUGGCAUCAUGCUCAUCUGUGAUGGACAAAGAUCAGGAUAAAGGCUGGAUGACAACAAUAUUUGAAUGGCUGAGAAGGUGGUUUCUAGGUCCACAAGUCACUCUUCAUGACUGUCUGUCAGCAUUUUUUUCAGCAGAUGAAUUAAAAGGAGAUAACAUGUACAGUUGUGAAAAGUGUAAAAAGUUAAGGAAUGGCAUCAAACUUUGUAAAGUAACGCACCUUCCUGAAAUUCUGUGCAUUCAUCUGAAACGUUUUAAGCAUGAAAUGUACUUCUCUUCAAAAAUCAACCACUUCAUUUCUUUCCCUUUGACUGGGCUGGACAUGAAACCUUUCCUUGUUAAAGAUUUCAACCGGCUGGAUCCAAAUCAGAAAUGUACAACGUAUGAUCUUGUUGCUGUUAUCACUCAUCAUGGCAAUGUUGGAGCUGGACAUUAUGUGUCCUUUGCCAAGAAUUAUAUCAAUGGUAAAUGGUACGAAUUCAAUGACUCCUGGGUUAGUGAAGUUUCUGAUUCAUAUGUUGCUGAUGUGGAAGCCUAUGUGUUAUUUUACAGAAAAUCAAGUGAAGAAGCCACCAAGGAACGCAAGACAUUUUUUAAUUUGCUGAAAGAUGCACAGUCCAGUGAAUUCAGAUACUUUGUGUCCAAGAAAUGGUUAACCAAGUUCCAGUCAUGCAUGGAACCAGGACCUAUAACAAACUCAGACUUCAUGUGUCGUCAUGGAGCUAUUCAUCCAUUAAACAUGGAAAUAGUUCAUGACAUCACAGUUCCUCUUCCUGAAUCUGUUUGGAAACAUCUCCUGACGCGGUUUGGAGGAGGACCCCCAGCCACAACACUGAACAUGUGCAGACAUUGUAAGAAAGCACUAGAUGAACUUGAAAGAAGAAGAGAAAGAGAAAUGGAAACAUUCAAAAGGCUGAACCAUGACUAUCCAGCCAAUGACAAUGUGGAUAUGUACUGCAUCAGUAUGCGAUGGUUUAAACAGUGGGAGAUGUUUGUUAAGGGACACGAGGAUGAUCCCCCAGGUCCUAUUGACAACUCUAACAUUUUANAUGAAAAUGGAAUGUUACUAAAGGUUGAAAGCGAUAAUAUUCUGUCUCUUUUCUCUGUCUUGCAGAUUCUGUGCAUUCAUCUGAAACGUUUUAAGCAUGAAAUGUACUUCUCUUCAAAAAUCAACCACUUCAUUUCUUUCCCUUUGACUGGGCUGGACAUGAAACCUUUCCUUGUUAAAGAUUUCAACCGGCUGGAUCCAAAUCAGAAAUGUACAACGUAUGAUCUUGUUGCUGUUAUCACUCAUCAUGGCAAUGUUGGAGCUGGACAUUAUGUGUCCUUUGCCAAGAAUUAUAUCAAUGGUAAAUGGUACGAAUUCAAUGACUCCUGGGUUAGUGAAGUUUCUGAUUCAUAUGUUGCUGAUGUGGAAGCCUAUGUGUUAUUUUACAGAAAAUCAAGUGAAGAAGCCACCAAGGAACGCAAGACAUUUUUUAAUUUGCUGAAAGAUGCACAGUCCAGUGAAUUCAGAUACUUUGUGUCCAAGAAAUGGUUAACCAAGUUCCAGUCAUGCAUGGAACCAGGACCUAUAACAAACUCAGACUUCAUGUGUCGUCAUGGAGCUAUUCAUCCAUUAAACAUGGAAAUAGUUCAUGACAUCACAGUUCCUCUUCCUGAAUCUGUUUGGAAACAUCUCCUGACGCGGUUUGGAGGAGGACCCCCAGCCACAACACUGAACAUGUGCAGACAUUGUAAGAAAGCACUAGAUGAACUUGAAAGAAGAAGAGAAAGAGAAAUGGAAACAUUCAAAAGGCUGAACCAUGACUAUCCAGCCAAUGACAAUGUGGAUAUGUACUGCAUCAGUAUGCGAUGGUUUAAACAGUGGGAGAUGUUUGUUAAGGGACACGAGGAUGAUCCCCCAGGUCCUAUUGACAACUCUAACAUUUUAUUUAUGAAGGGCAACACUAAAAUACUGAGAACCAACUCAGACUAUGGACAGCUAUCAUUGGAGACGUGGACCUUCUUACAUGAUAUUUAUGAUGGAGGUCCUGUGUUUUUUAUUGAGGGAGAAAAAGAGAUUGAAGAAAAAAAAGAUCAACAAGAACAGGAAGAGGAGGUUCAACAAGAAUGGAUGGAAACUAGCCAGCUUCAUGUGCGUAAGGCAGGGUGGGCGAUUCUGGUCAUCGGUUUGUCCCUAACAACCUUUGGAAUAUGGUGGACAUGUUUCCUCCUGUUGUAUGUCUUGUUGUUCGCUGUCGGUUUCGCUCUUGUGCUUGGCUAUUGGGGUUGUCUAAUGUCGCAAGAGAUAAAGAAAAACACUCUGGAAGGAGAUUUCGGCGCAGUGUCAAAAGGACUUGAAAAAGUGAUUCAAGAAAUUCAACUGAGCAGAUUGUCAUUCAAAAUGGACAAGCGCCUGACUGGUUCGAGCAUCAUUGAUGAACCUUUACAAGAGGUUUUGCAGCUCUUCUUUCGUGAUUACGUCCAUGGAUGGUACUACGACAACAUCAGUACAGAUGAAGGCUUCUUGUAUGAUCUCAGACAGACACUACAGAGAGCACUGAUAGCUUUUGCAAACAGGUCCAAAGAUGUUGAAUGGGUAAAUUUCUUGACUACACGCCUUGUGGAUGACUUAACAAACCAUUUGAAAAUUUACCGUCAAGCCAAACAGCGAGUGGAAGAAAGUGAAGGUGACAGUGCUCCACUGGAUAUAGAAACGGCAUUCUUUCAAGUAGAACAUGAAAUGGAGAAGGAAAUAUGCCGAGAACAAAUUUGUUUAUCAGAAGGAAAAGAGAAAGACUAUCUCUCAGACAUCAGUGAAAUGCUACUAUAUCUCCUGCUGCCUCCAGAAGACUUUCAUAACAAACCAUUCAGAUAUUUUUUCAGGGAAAUGAUUGCCACAUCCGUGCUUUUCCCAACAGUGUCCAUGGUUUGUGACCCAGAUUAUGUCAAUCAGACAAUUGCUUGGCUGUGUCAAGACUCGGCAUUUACAAGAGAUGCCUUCAUGACAAUGAUAAGGGAAGGCCUCACAGCUGUAGAAGAUGUGGAGGGUACGAAAGACAAAGUUGAGCAAGAGAUUGCUAAAUUGAGAGCACAUGAUUCAGAAACAUCAGAUGCGGCUGAUGUUGCCGUGAGACAGCAACUAAGCAGUCUUUUGUUCGUAAGGAAGAUCUGUGAAGCAAAGAUAAGGACGUUGAAGUAUGGUGAUGGAGAACUUCCUUCAAUGCCCUUGGAACAGCCUGACGAGCUUGGCAAAUUACUCUCACCAAACCAACCGCUGCCAUCUCUUCCUCUUCAGGUCAUUUUAGAUAACAACACUGCCUUGUCUUAUUUUAUUGAGUUUAUGAACAACGUCAAUGGACAGGUGUAUCUUUACUUCUGGUUGGCAGUUGAGAGUUACCGUGUAACUGCUGAGCAACAGCUAUCACUCAGUCUGGAACAGCAACUGAUCAAAGAAAGUGAUGGUGGCGAGAAUGAGAACAUUGGCAUCCCAGCUGCUGACGUGGAAGUAUUACGACUGGCAGCUCAAAACAUUUUUGACCAGUACCUGUCAGAAAUGGCUGAACCAAGAGUAGUGCUAUCCAAGGAGAUGCCAAAGAAAAUUUUUAAACGCAUUGCUCAGGAGGAACCAUCCCCAGAUUGCUUUGAUGAUUGUCAGGCUCAGGUAUAUGAAAUCCUUGGUCAGGAAUCAUUUUAUGGGACUUUUCUAAAAAGCCAAGCUUACAUCAGAUGUCUACUGGAUUUGGAAAUACCUUUGGAGAAGUCAGAUGAUCUUGAAAUGGCUUCUAAUGCAGAUGAUGAUGAUGUUGCAAGCAUUGACAGUGAGUUGUCCCAACCAGAGGAGGAAGGUGCACCAGCAGUUAAACUGUGGACCGCUGAUGAUGAUAUCAGACUCAAUGCUACCAUCACAGAGACAAAUUCAUGUAAAGAUGAUGGCAGAACAUAUGCAGUGUACACCAUCAAUGUUUACCGUGCAAGUUCAGAAGGAACAAAAUCUUGGACAGUUUUCAGACGAUACAGUGAUUUUGAUGAUUUACACCUACAUCUGAAGGAGAAGUUUGGGUCAAUCCCUACUCUUCUUCUUCCUGGAAAACGAACAUUUCACAAUUUGGACAAGAAAUUCCUAGAAAAAAGACGAAAUGCAUUGGAUUUGUAUCUACAGACUCUUCUGUCCACAGAAGUUCUUGGCCAACAUUUGGGCAUGUUUGAAAUAGUAAACAACUUUCUGAUACCUGGAGCAUAUGCUCGUGAGAAGGGACAGUUUGCUAGAAAGGUGGAUACCCUUGUGGCUCCAAUUCGUCAUAAAGUACUCAAGGUUGAGAAUCUUAAGGAACAUGAAAACAAAAUUGAAACUUGA